UGCUACGCACAUUUCCUCAACCCGUCUCUUCCUCUUCCUCUUCCUCUUCCUCUUCCUUCUUCUCCCGCAAGCUUUUUUCCCGUUCGCUCUCCUUUUUCUAUAUAUGAAUCUUCUUGUUCUGGGGAAUUAGAACUAGCAGAAAUAUGUCCGCCAAGCUCAAGGUCGACGAACUCCGCGCCCAGCUCUCCCUACGUGGCCUCGACACCUCCGGCAGCAAACCCACACUCGUCCGGCGCCUCGAUGCCGCUCUUCGGAAGGAGAAGAAGGAGGCGGACGCACCGGACAAGGCAGCUGGCGACAUUGAUUCUUCCAACGAUGACUCCUCCAAGGGCGGCAGGAAAAGGCGGAGGAAUGAUGCCCCGGAUGAUGCUUCUAAAGAUAUAGAGGACGAAGGGAAAAGUAAGAAGGAGAAGCUUGUCACAAUGACGAAGAAGAAUGGUGCCGUUCUGGAUCCCUUCCUCCCGUGUCAUAUAAAAUCGAACUUUCAUGUCUUACAAAAGGCCGAGGAGAUCUAUAGUGCUACAUUAAAUCAAACUAAUGUAGGAGAUAAUAAUAACAAGUUUUAUGUCAUUCAAGCUCUAGAAUCUGAUGAUGGCAGAUCAUUCAUGGUUUACAAUAGAUGGGGCAGAGUCGGAGUAAGAGGUCAAGAUAAGUUAUUAGGACCUUACACUUCUCAAGAAGACGCAUUUCAUGAAUUUGACAACAAAUUUUAUGCCAAGACAAAGAAUUGGUGGCAUCAACGAAAACAAUUCAAACUUCAUCCGAAAUCUUAUACUUGGUUGGAAAUGGACUAUGCAGAUUCAGAAAAUGAAACAGUUGUAUCAUGUCUUCCUGUGGUACAUAAUAGGAAUAUUGAUGGAUCUACUAGUAAUCAAAUUCAACCCACUAAGCUUGAUUCUCGCAUUGCAAAGUUUGUCUCCCUUAUUUGCAAUGUCAGCAUGAUGAAGCAGCAAAUGUUGGAAAUAGGUUAUAAUGCUGAAAAACUACCACUUGGCAAGCUGAGUAAGUCUACCAUUUUAAAGGGUUAUGAUGUUUUGCGAAGGAUCUCAGAGGCACUUGCACAAUUUAACAAGGAAAAAUGUGAAGAAUUAAGUGGGGAGUUCUAUACUGUGAUUCCUCAUGACUUUGGUUUUAAAAAGAUGCGUGAGUUUGUCAUUGACACUCCUGGCAAAUUAAAGGCAAAGCUGGAAAUGGUUGAGAGCUUAGCUGAAAUUGAGAUUGCUACUAAAAUUUUGCAGAAUGAUGUUGAGGCAGAGGAUGACCCUCUAAAUUCUCGGUACAAGCAAUUGCAAUGUGAACUAUCACCUAUUGAAGUUGAUACCAAGGAAUUCGCUAUGAUAAAGAAGUACUUGUUGAAUACACAUGCCAAAACACAUUCAGGCUAUACCGUUGAUAUUGUGCAGAUAUUUAAGGUUUCCAGGAAAGAUGAACUUGAAGGAUUCAAAAAGUUUUCUAACACCAAGAAUAGGAUGCUUCUGUGGCAUGGUUCUCGACUCACAAACUGGACCGGGAUCCUUUCUCAAGGGUUGAGGAUUGCACCUCCAGAAGCACCCGUUACUGGUUACAUGUUUGGAAAGGGAGUUUAUUUUGCCGAUAUGUUUUCAAAGAGUGCAAAUUAUUGUUAUUCAUCAACACAGUCCAGAGAAGGAGUGUCGCUCCUUUGCGAGGUUGCACUUGGUGAUAUGGCUGAGCUACUGUCUGCUAAUUAUAAUGCUGAUCAAUUACCUGAGGGGAAAUUAAGUACAAAAGGGGUUGGAUUCACAGCUCCUAAGAUGUCGGAUUCCCAAAUCCUAGAAGAUGGUGUGAUUGUUCCUCUUGGAACACCAGAAAAACAGAAUGUUUUCCAGAGUAGUUUGUUGUACAAUGAAUACAUUGUGUACAACGUAGAGCAGAUUCGGAUGCGGUAUGUCAUUCAAGUGCAGUUCAAUUUCAAACAUUAACCAACUGCUUCAGUCAUUCACCUUCGGACAUUUUAUUGUGAUAUCCAAAACCUAGAGAAUGUUGAUGCAUUUUGUACAUCAUUAUGGUGGCUGAAGGUUAAAUCACUGUAAAAAAUCUUGUGGUAUGUCGAACGUGAUUCUUCUUUCAUCUGAAUGGGCAAAUAUAACUUUGGUGACAAUCAAUCUUAUAUCGUGCAAUCCUUUAUAGUUGUUUAGGAAUA